CCGGCGGCUCCAAGCGUCGCAUGGCUACCGGUCCCCGUGCGCACCCGUGCGUCAGGACUUCCGCUUCCGCCCUCCGGCCAGGCGCCUGCGCCUCGGACGCUCUGGCGGAGUGGCGCGGUUCCGCAGUGGGCGCGGGUCUCAUUAGGUUACCCAGGCUGAUCUCAGACGAGCUCUCAAGUGAUCCUACUUCAGCCACCUGAUUAGCUGGAACUAUAGACAUAUGCUCAUGUACCCGGGCUGCCCUUUCAAUAGUGUGGCCUACUAUGGCUUGACUGUACCUGGUGAGCAGAACAGAAGGAGGAACUAGACCAGCCCUGCUGAUAUCUGGGAGGGCUUCAGGCAGAGGGCACUAGCAGUGGUGUACAAGAGGGAGUGGCAGGAAGAUGGGAUCAGAGUGUAGCUUGGUGCCCCUAGUAGGGAUUUCUGCUCUGCAUGACAUGGAUAGGGAUGGGAUCAGUGGAGUGAUACAGACCUACUUGAAAGUAGGAUUAUUGCAGCUACUGUGUGGGAUAGGGAGGUGGUGGGAGCAGGGAGACUGAUCAGAAAGCCUUUGCAAGGGCUGGGAAUAUGGCUUAGUGGCCUAAGCACCUGCCUGGCAAGUGCAAGGUCAUGAGUUCAAUCCCCAAGACCAAAAAAAAAAAAAGAAAAGAAAAAAGAAAAGUUAUAGGUCAGAAAGCCUUUGCAGUGAUCCAGGUGGGAGACAACUAUGGCUUGGACUGUGAUGGUAAUGGAAAGUGGUGGUGAGGUUCAGGGUUGAGGUUUGGUCUGAGCAGCUGAAAGGACAGAGGAAGACGGGCAGGAGCUUGCUUGGCAGAGAUGAUCAGGGAGCUGCUUUUGGAUGUAUGAACAGAACAGGGAGAACACAGCAAAGGAGCAGCCAAUGGAACAGAGGAAAACCAGAAAAGUCUUGUGUCUGGAAAGCGAAGUUGAAGAAAUUUUUUAAGAAGUGAUUAAUCAAACUAUCAAAGUUUGCAAACAGGUGAAGUAUCAAAAAGAUUGAGAAUUGACUUAUCAAUGUAUUUCCGAUAAUCUAGUUCAAUGAAAUACAAACCAUGAUGCUCAGAGAGGUUAAAUGGAGUCUUAGCCAAGGGUGUACAGGUUAAACCCGCUACACAAUUUGCUGAAGCCCAGCACAAAAUGAAAAUGCUGGGCUUUUCCUUCAGAACUUAUCAAGAAUUUCAAGAUGACAACAACAGAAACCCAACACAAAGUCCUACUUUUGCAGGUGUUUCACUGGAUCCUCAUAGCAUACAGGAUAAUAAAGCAGCUAUUAUUAUGCUCAUUUCUCAGAUUGAGAACCUGGUGUCCAGUAUGGAGUAACAUAACUAAGGUCACAGAGAGUGGUAGUUUGAGCCUGAAAACUGAACCGUCAGUCUCCGGAUCUGGCCCUUUUCGUACUAGAGCAAGCUAGGUGUUAGAGAAGGGAGUUGCUGUCCCUCCUCCUGUCCACAUAGAGCAGCUGUAGGGAUCAAGUCUUGUCUGUGAUACACAAUGUAUGUACCACUGUUGCCCCCUGAUUGAUGUGUUUCAAAGUUUUCUUUUCUUUGUUUUCUCUCUUUGAAAUAAAAUGGAUUUGAAAAAAAAAAGAAACACUUAUCUGUGCAAUUCAGAGGCUUGACAGAACUGGCCAGAUGAGGGAGGGAAGAAAGCCCAUUUCCAAGAACUCCUGCUCCAGGGGUCUUUAUGCCGGGGAUAAUGAGGAAGCAAAGCAAAAACAGCUCCACCCAUAUAGUGCAUACAGUUUACUGGUCCAGGCUCUGAUGGUAGAAUUUUAGAACCCCCAGCCAGGCAGAGGAGAGUGCAGCCACACUUUGACUUGUCAGGCCCCAGCGAGGGUGUUGUACUGCGCAGCCCACGUGAGUGCUUUGAAAGCAUGCACUGAAAAGAGCAAGGGUAGAGGGAUUGGGGGAAUAUCUCAGUUCUUUCUGAUCCUCAGUUUCUUUCCUUGUAAAAUAGAAAAGGAAUGCCUCACAGGAAUUCUGUGAGGACUAAAGAGAUUAUGAGAGCUUAUUUUAAAAUGAAAAAACACUGAUGGAAGGCCUGUAAACUUAGGCACUGUUAAUAGCAUUAUCUAGAGUGUUCUAAUGAUGCAUCUCGGCAUUUUCCUAAAAUACCUUUGCUUACAAAACCAAGGGAAGGGAAGGCAGCAUGCACUUGUUUAUCUUUGCACUCCUUCCUGGCUAAAAUACUUUCUCAAAGCUUCUGAAUACUUCUCAACAAAUGGAUGGUGCUUUGUUUUCCCAAGUAGGAGAGGAGAAUUUCUUGUUUCCCGCUCUCAGUCUGCAGUCGUGUGAUAAAUAAGCUCUGUCUCUGCUAACACAGAUGCUGCUGUACACAUACAGAUAAUGUGUUCUAUAAUUUCAGAAUGGCGGGAGCCCGGCUUCCAUCUAAUUUCUCCACAGCCCCCUCUCUGGCCUCCUCCAAGUAAUUGCCUUCUGUUAACCACUGAACAGUUUACUCUGAGGGUCACUCAGGCACUGUGUUUGUUUACAUACGGACCACCCCUGGCACUGCCCAGGUUGGUGUCAUAAUCACCAGUUGAUUAUUGUUUGCACAAGAUACAGUGAUACAUGUUUAUUUGUUUUAUAUUAACUAUUUUUGCAUACUUUUUAAUUAGAACAUUGUAUUCACCCUUGAUGUUUGUUUCUAGCAAAAUUAGUAAGUUCUGAUUAUUUUCUUUUACUGAUUUGUGUUUAUUUUGUGAAAAAUAACCUGCAAUUUUGUGAUACAAUCUAUAAAAGCUCUUAUCAUAAAGGUAUUAGAUAUAAUUUUUGUACUUCUCCAGAACUCAGUGAUAUUCUCUUACAAUGCAAAACAGACAGAUUUGGGACACUGAGACUGAAUAGGAAGGAAGGGCCAAGAGAUCUGCAAAAGAAAAACUGAAAAAGGGAAAAAUAUUAGCAUAUCAGAGAGGAAAAGUCUGUGUUAUGAAAUGGAAAUACAAAAACGAUAUCACCUUAUUGCCAGCUAUUCAUAAUACAGAAAUGAUAGAACUUAAAAGAAGAAAUUUAACUUAAAAAUUUCCUAACAGUGGUUAAUGAUUAUAGUAAUUCCAUGGGUGGUUAAACCCUCAGAGUUGACCAACAUCUAACAAGCUAUCCUGUAUCAAAAAGAAAGAAAAAAAGUAUUAUUAUAAAAUAUUUAUGUACCUUCUGGACCGAACAAUAUAGAAUUCUUUGUUAAUUAUUCAAAACAAGAGGGCUCUAAAAGUCAUUAACAAUUUAGAUUAAGUCUAAUAGACCAAAUAAUUGAGAAAUACCAGGUAGCAAACACCAACCAGGAUGUCCAUCAUCAAUGUUUUCACCGUUAUGUUUAGUGGUAUACAUAUUAUUGAAAUUAUGUCAUCCAGAGGAAAAAAAAGAAAAACUCAGCAGUGUAAAUAAAAUGUUAUUCAAAGAAAGAUAAUAAUGCAAAAAGAAUCUGGAAAGAUACUGGAUGCUACUGUCUAGAUUGUAGCACUGCAUUGUGUAUUUGAAAAAUUAUUCAAUAAAUUGACAAAAUUAUCACUUUUAUAUUUCCUAUUAUCAUAUAAAAAUAAAUGAAAAUAUACAAAUUUUGGUCAUCCUGUAUUUAAAUAGACUGGCCAGUGGCUAAAUUGUAUACAAGGACUUGGGAGGCUUGGAAGGAGGAUUGUUGUAAGUUUGAGACCAACCUGGGAUACAAAGUAAGCUUAAAGCCAGGUGAACUGCAUAGCGAGACCCUGCCUCAAAAAGACCAAAAGAAGUAUAUACAAGUAAUGAUCUCUGACUAAUCAUGGGCAAGUAAAUCUUUGCCUGGGAAGGGUAAUUUUGCUUCCUCCUUGGGCCACCAUCCUAUCUCUGUCCUUUUGCCUGGGAACUUCUGGAACCACACUGUGUUCUCAGGACCUGUUCCCACACCACUUCCUUCCUUGGCACUACAAUCUAGUUUUUGCUUCCCAUGUUAUUCUCUCCUAAGUCAUCAGUGAUUUCCUAGUGGCCAAUCCCAGCAUUCCCUGUCGGCAGCUCAGGAUUCCUCUGAACACUGAAAACACACGCUGCUUUGUUUCCGUACAGGGGUGUUCUUCAUCUCUCUCCUCCUCCUUGCCCAGAGGGUCCUCUUUAACUCUUCUAGCUAUGAGAGGUGUUUUCUAAAGAAGAACCCCUUGUCCUCUGGAUGGUCAUCCUCAGACAGCUGAUCCAACUGAAUACUUUACAAAGUAUAAUCAAAAUGUAAUGUAAUGUAAAGUGUAAAAUUUUUAAAAUGUAUUACAGUUAAAUUGCCAUUAAUCUUCUUCACAGUACUUCCUUCAAAAAAAAGAAAACAAAAUACUUCCCCUCACUUCAGACCACUCAUCCCAUAGUUCUUGCUACUUUCUGAAGCAGCUCUGGAGUCCUGUGUCUUUACAGGAUGUGAACAAUACAGCCAAUGCUGCUGCUGAGUGCCAUCCAGCAGAGAGCUUGUGAAACACUACAGUGAGCCAGGCUUGGUAGUGCACUCCUGUAAUCCCAGCCCUCAGGAGGCUGAGGCAGGAUCACUGUGGGUUCAAGGCCACCCUGGGCUACAUAGUGAAACCCUGUCUCAAAAAAAACCAAACCAAAACAAAACCAUUAGCGUAUCGUCAGCCACCUCAUUCACAGAAUCUGCCACUGUGCAGCUUCUGGCUCUUCGUGAAGUCAAAGUGGCUGAGAAAGCUAAGCGUUUUGAAAUGAUGCAGAACAUCAAGGCAACCACAGCAGUGCAACUAAGGAGAAGGCUCAGUGUGGCUUCAGGAAAGCAGCUGUGGGGAAAGGCUCACCGCGCUGCUCAGGACAGCCUCAAAGAACAAGGGGGUCGGCGCACCUGAAAUAACGGGAUUAACUGCAGUGCAUCUCUUUAAAAUUUUAAAGAUGUAAACAUUCAGUAUUUUUAUCCUAUCUCGUGCAUCCAUCCAGAUAUUCAUAAACAUGUAAUAAUAACAUCAUAUUUUUAAGUGUCUCCUGGUUAUCAUUCAUUACCUAGAGAUCUGGUGGCACCUCACACUUAGCAGAGCUAAAGAAACUCCCUCAGUUUUAUGUCCGCUGGAGGAGCAGCACAAUGGUCCUGGCCAUCUGGUUGCACAGCCUCAGAGCUGUGCUUGACUCUGUGUCCUCACAACUUCAUAGAAACCAAGAGCAGAGUGAGUUUCCAGGAGGAUACUCAGAUCUCACGUGGUUCUGUCGAUUGCUUCUCUCUGUGUCCCACAUGGUCACUUUUCUCCCUUCCAUACCACUGUGGUGUGCCACUACCACAGAGAACUUCAGCCUCUCAGUGGCAGCACCGGAAAGGUUUCUCAAGCGGUACAACAUCUUCCAUCUCCUCUCACACUCCCAAGCCCGCUCUCAGAAUCAGAACAUUCAUCCUGUAGCUGGCUCUGACCCAGUCAUUACCCUGGUUUUCAAUACUGGAAAGUCUCAGUGUUGUCUGAAGAAUAGACUCAAUGUUUUGGUCUAAAGUUAGAGGCCACUUCUUCCCAGCUGCUUUCCUGAAACUACUCUGUGUCUCAAAUAAAACCGCACGCCUCGCCUUCUCUCCCCGGCCAGGCCUGCGAGACGGCGCCCUGAAGCUCCGGGCGCCAGUCUCGACUUCCGGGAGAACAUGGCGGACAGAUAACAGCAACUACCGGAGGCUCUCUGAAAGACUCGGCUCAGAAGCCAGGAAUGGUGCGGACUAAGGAGACAUAAGUCGGUGGAGAUAUGCUCUGCUGACUCAGGAACGAACUGGGCUGAGAGAAGCCAACUUGGAAUGCAGUCCUGCUAAAACAGGAACAGAAAAGACUUGGUGUGGAGGCUGGAACCGCGCCAUUGUAAGCCGCGAUUUGGGUUUCCCGCCGCGCGGCGGCUGGCUGCCUCUACAGCGGCUCGGCAAGGAGAGAGACGCGCGGAAGCUCUGAGAAGGGCAAUCUGCGAACGGCAGGGAGGUGUGCACUGACUUGUGGUGAGGUGAGUGAGAGAAACUGACACUCUACCACAGUUUGACUCCAGCAGAGGACUUUCUGGGCCCGGGCAGUCCUGCGGGAGCAGGGCGCGGUGGGACUCCAGCCACACAUCCCCCUCUCGGGCGGGAUUGGUGAAAAGUGCCUGGCCUGUGUGACGCUGCCGGCGGACCUGGUAGGCUGUCCCAACCCAGAUCCCAGAGCCUGACGGUGGCCAGGAGGGGUGACGCGUAGGCUGCCUGGUCCGUAACUCCCUGGUGCGCAGCGGUGAGCGGGAACACCUAACUGGCGCAAUUCGAUCAGGCUGUGGCUGACUGGGAGAGAAGCUGGGUCUCUUAUAUAAGCUUGCAUAUAUAAGGAACAGAGAAGAAGAGGCAGCAUGGGAAGAGGCAGCAACAAGAAAGGCUCCUCGGCCCCCAAUUCUGAGAAACAGGCAAUAGCAGACACCACACCAAUACACAUAAGGCACCAUAUAGAGAGCCUCAUAGACCAAUUCAGGAAUGAAGUUAUCAAUGACCUGAAGCUAGAAGUAUGCAGAAUAGUUAGAGAAAUGCUAAGUACCACCCAAGAAAAAACAGGUGGUGGAAUGGAAGAACAGAAAAAAAGGGGAGAAUUGUUUGACGGAGAAAACAGAGAAAGCAUAGAAUACGUGAAGCAGGUUCAAAGGGACUACCAAGAUACUAAGAAGUCUAUAGAAGACUGGCAUAACAGCUUGAAAGAAACUAAGGACAGACUAUCUGAACUGGAGGGCAGACUUGUAAUAUGGGAGAAUGAAAUGAAAAACUUCUUAAAAAUAACAAAGAAACAAACAGCAAUAAUACAAAGACAAGAAGAUGAUAAGAGGAUCCAUAACUUAAGGAUUAAGAACAUAAAAGAAGAAGUAGGGACACAAACAAGUGAACUACAAAAGCUACUCACAGAAAUAAUCCAGGAGAAUUUUCCUAAUUUAGCAAAAGGUAAAGAUACUCAGAUGUAUGAGGCAUACAGGACCCCCGCUACCUACAACCCAAACAGAGCAACACCCAGGCAUAUAAUAAUAAAAAUUCCAGAAAUUCAAUACAAGAACAGAAUAUUAAAAGCUGUAAGAGACAAGAAACAGACCACCUACAAGGGAACACCCAUCAGAAUUACAGCAGAUUUCUCUGCACAAACCAUCAAAUCACGAAGAGCGUGGGGGGAAAUAAUUCAAGCAUUGAAAGAUAAUAAUCUCCAGCCAAGAUUGAGAUAUCCUGCACAACUGUCCCUGGAAAUUGAUGGAAAAACAAGGUGCUUCCAGGAUAAAGAGGAACUGGGGGAAUUUGCAACCACCAAUUCAACUCUACAGAGAGUAUUGCAGGAUAUUCUAAAAAAAGAAAAAUACAAAGAAUCCAGAAAUAAUGGCAGAGAGGCCACAACGAAUGGAGCAGAGAACAAAAUGAAGAAGACAAACUGACAGCUACGGACAGAAAAAGAGCUUAACAGAAAUGAGGCAGAGAAGAUUGGAUGAUAGGAACAGCUAUUUUGGAGAAAAUGACAUCUUAAUAGGUAAUACAGAUUUAGUAUCAUCUUGUUUUGAAGUCUCAUCUAGCUUUUGUCCUUCUGUCUCCAAUGGUCUAAAUAGGCUGUAUCUUAUUGGAUUUUAUUAUGUACGAUAGUAUAAGCAAAAACCUUUUAAAGACAAGGAGAUUAUACAGAAACCAUUGUUCAUUUUGUUAGUUGAUUCUAAAUACUCUGUAAUGCUGUCAUUCUCUUGAAUGGUUUUACAUUGUUUUGAUAUACUUAAUGCUACAGUAUACGAAGUUGUACUCAAGGAUUUCAAAGAAAGAAACAAUAUGGUAACUACUUUUAGGUUAGGAUUAUCUGGUGGUGAAACACUAUUCUGCUUAAAUGGUUAUGUUUUGAUCUGUGCUGUUUCGUUGUUAUGCCCUCUUUUAUCUCAAUCUCCACUCCAUUAUUUACUUUUUUAUCUUUAUCCUUUUAAUUAAAGGAAAAAAAAUAGCAGGAUAUAUUAUAGUAACCCACUUUGACUUUUCAUUACCUUGAUUUAAAGCCCUGUAUUACUCUCACCAUCUGGUUUUUAACUGAUGUUCCCCUAUUCUGUUUUGCUGGAUAGUAUCAGGUUCGAAAGUUUAGGCAUCAGCUGUGAAGAUAAUGAGAUUCAUUAUGACGCCCAUUCUUGUUGACUUUUGUCUACUUUUGAAGACCUACAAUGUCUCCAAUGUUUUGGUUUUGUCGGUUUUGUUCUUUACUGUUUUGUUCAAUUGUAUUAUAACUAAUGAUAUAGGCAAUUCUAUUAGAGAUAGUGGGAGGCAUUAUGGUAACCAUUGUUGAUCACCUUGUAUUAUGUUUUUACAUUAUCUAUUAUGUCCACCCUUUUGACUUGACCGAUUCUGUUCUGUUAUGUCACAUUUGGUUAUACUCUCUUCCAAAAAAGCAAUAAGAACCGUGGGAGCAAUGAAACCCAAAAUGUGUAAUAGUCAUGGUACAAAAGAGAGGAAAAGAAAGUGCUCCAAACUAUAUAACUGCAUGUAUAUUUAAGUGUAUAAGAUAGAAAA